CCCACCUACCAGGUUGGGCAAAUAUUUAUUGUGGAAGACGAGCCCCACCUAUCCAGGUUGGGGAAUUCCCUUACAUAAACAACAAGCCCUGAACAAGUUUAUUCUGAGCCACUAGCACUGAGACCAGUUGGUUGUUGCUGCUUAUCAUCUCAGGUCACUUCCGACUACGCUCUUGAAAUUAGUUAAAACCAAUCUAUACAAAUAUUUCGUAUUUGCUGUGAACAAUUCCUAAAUUGAUCAAAACAUGGAUAAAUUCAUUACUAGCAUUCGCCAGAAAUACAUAGAAAGACUCUUGAAUCGUCAAAAGCAAUGGCCACCAGUUAGAGGAGACAAGCUCGUCAACUUGCAGUUAGUGGAGGCUGAAAAAGAAGAAGGAUUUAGAGCCGGCUUGCCACAACAUGGUGCACCUGAUGAUAAGGUCAAGCGUACUCCAAUUCUCCAUGGCAACCUAUUCAAAGUCGAAGAAGGCAAGAAACCAGUCAAGAAGCUCAUCGUUGAAGGCAAUGCUGGGAUUGGUAAAACCACACUGUGUACCAUGCUUGCUGAAGGGUGGGCAGAGGGCAAGAUCCUGACACAAUUCAACUGUGUUCUGUUGCUUCCACUGAGAGAGAAUCGAGUGUCCUCUGCCACAAGUCUCGCUGAGCUGUUCAAACUUCUUCAUGCCAAUGAGAGGAUUCGCCAAUCUGUUGUAGAAGAGUUGGAAGAAAGAGAAGGAAAAAGUGUCCUCAUCAUAGCUGAUGGCUGGGACGAGCUUAGUGAAGACAAUCAAUUAGAAACCUCAUUUCUAUAUGACCUUCUCUUUGGUGAUGUUCUUCCUUUUGCUUCUGUUCUCCUCACCUCACGACCUUCUGCUUCAGCUCCUCUUCAUGACCUUCCUUCUGUAAACCGUUUGGUUGAGGUAGUUGGUUUCAAUGAGGAGAAUAUCAAGCAGUACAUAGAAUCAGAGUUUGAGCAAUUCCCAGAGAAAGCUUCUUCUCUUAUCGAGCAGCUUGAGAACAACCCAGUCAUUCAGAGUGUGUGUUCUGUGCCCCUCAAUUGUGCCAUUGUUUGUAACUUGUGGCACACUUUAGACCAAGAGCUUCCUCGUACGCUAACUGAGCUGUACACUCAAAUUGUUCUUAGCAUUAUCCUUCGCAAUGUUAAAAAGAAAUUCUCCGAUUGUCCGAUUAGCCUAAAUAGAUUCGACGAGAUUCCGAAUGAUAUACAAAACACGUUUUGGUUGAUGUGUGAGUUUGCCUACGAGUGUUUAUUAUUAGAUCAGCUGGUUUUCUCAGAAGCUGAAUUGUCCUCUCGCUUACCUGAAGUUGGUGACAAGUUGCAGUGCUUUGGUCUGUUGCAGUCUGCACGAUCACUUCUACCUGUUGGUCAUGGCCUGUCUUUUCACUUUGCUCACCUGACCAUCCAGGAGUUCUUGGCUGCCCUCCAUCUUGCUACUCUACCCAAUGAGGAGAAACUGAAAGUUGUUGAGACUAAUGCUGACAGUGACCGGUUUGACAUGGUGUGGAGAUUUAUGUUUGGUCUUGCUAGUAAGUACAAUGGUAGUCAUAGCGAUAAGGUGAUCAGUUUGGAUCAUGGUUUGACGGAUCAAUUUGUGUUGGCUGAAAAGUUUAAUAAGUUGGUUUUAUGGCAUGCUGCUUUCGAAGCUUCAGACUCUGGAUUCUGCACAAAAGUUUGUAAUUUGUAUGGAACAAAUUUAUUACUCGAUAAUUUCAGGACAACUACGAAGUCUUUUGACUAUGUAGCUGGGUUUUAUGUUCUUCGUCAUGCUGUAAAUUGUGACGAUAUGGUUAUCAUAAUAUCCCAUUGUGCAAUCGAGGAUAAACUGUUGAAGGAACUAACUGACAUACUUUCCAAUGCGAAUGGUAAACUGCAAGUCGGACAAUUAUCCCUCGAGCAGACUAAGUUGUCUGACAAAGGUGUUGCUGAUCUAUUCAGGAGAGCCUCAGCUGCUUUUACAGCUUUACGUGUACUCUUGUUGGAGCAUAACAACUUCACUAACGUCAUGUCUUCAUUCAUGCACACAUCUUGUACGAGCCUCACACGGCUGAACUUAUCUCACAACCCUCUCGGAGUGUCCGGCAUACAGUUAUUAGAUACAGCUGUACAGUCUGGUGCUCUUAUCAACCUGACGAAACUGGAGCUAACCAAAACCCUCACUGACGAUGCUGACGUCAAUGGAGCUCUGCUGACCACCCUCUUACAGUCGAUUGCCUCUCACUGUGCUAAACUGGAAUACUUAUACCUCUCUAAUAAUAAUCUUGGUUUACCUGGAUUAUGUUCAGUUGUUAAGAAUAUUUCGUUAGGAUUGACUGACAUUGAAUUAUCAGCUACCCAUCUCACCACUUCAUUUCACUCGGAGUCUCAAUACACAGUCAUCUGUGAGAUGCUGAAUAUCAACCCAAACAGUUUAACAACAAUUUACUUGUUUGAUUCCAAUUUCAGUGGAACUGCUGGAACUCUCUUACUGGCAAAGUUUCUUCAAGCAUUUCCAUAUCUUAAAUAUAUUUACUGCUUGGGUUGUUCUCUCACCUCUGCUGACAUCAUAAUGCUUAUCCACCAUCUCAAGUCCGCUAAUGUGAUAUGUAAGAAUUUAAAAAGGUUGUAUCUCAACAACAACUCCAUUGAUGAUGAGGGAUUGAUAGCUCUCACUGAGUGUCUACCUGAGCUGUUUCCUAGACUGGAGGGGUUCCAUGUCAGUUACCUGGAGGACGGUGUUGAUGUCAGUCAUAAUCCUGUGAGCGAGGAGUUGAUGCUCAUGUGCAAUGAACAGUUGAAGAUCAUACGGGAAUCAAGGAAUUCUGCAAUGCUGAAUGAGUGGGAGAGAACAUGUUUACCUCCACAAAAUGAAGAGAUGAAUCGUACUUUCCCUUCUCUUUGGGAUACGCUACUGUCGAAGAUGAUUGAUGAGGCUCAAACGAUAUCUUCAGCUGUUUCUGAAAGCAUCCUUUCAUGGUCAACCGCUAACAAACCAGCGGAAUACAACCGAAUAGUUUAUGAGGUUGUGGAUACAGUGGACACUCCUAGUGAUAUCACUGAUCCAGACACUCUCAUCAAUGAACAGAGCUUCUCUCAAGCAUCACCAGUAGAGCACCACCCCACAGCUAGUGACGAGGCUACUUGUACUACAGCCCUGCGUGCGCAGUCUACACACGGAACAGACCAACAUACAACAGCCUCUACUGUACUGAUUGAUGCCGUACCAUCUGAUGUCACUGAAGGAGAUACCUCACAAGAUGUCCUCACUUCAUAUCCACACUCACGAGCUGGUGGACCGAGGACUGUGACCAUUGAGGAAUUGAAGGAGCAUACUCAAAUCUCUUCCGAUGAUGAUGAUGAUGAUGACAGCAUUGAUUCAUGGUAUUCCACUAACGAACCAGUAGAACACCACCCAAUAGAUGAGGUUGUGGAUACAGUGGACACUCCUAGUGAUGUCACUGAUCCAGACACUCUCAUCAAUGAACAGAGCUUCUCUCAGGCAUCACCAGUAGAGCACCACCCCACAGCUAGUGACGAGGCUACUUGUACUACAGCCCUGCAGUCUACACACAGAACAGACCAACAUACAACAGCCUCUACUGUACUGACUGAUGCUGUACCAUCUGAUGUCACUGAAGGAGAUACCUCACAAGAUGUCCUCACUUCAUAUCCACACACCAUUCCCUCAGGAGCUGGUGGACCGAGGACUGUGACCAUUGAGGAAUUGAAGGAGCGUACAAAAGUGACCGACUCUCAACUUGAUACUGAAAUUGAAGAGACAGACAUGUUGGACCUGGCAGAUCACUUUGACAAUGUGGAGACCUACCCUGCUAUGCUGGGACUGAGCCCUGCUGAACAGAAAGAUGUUAAAUAUGCUUUGUUUCUCAAUGACAUGCAAACAGCAAUGUUUCAUACUCUAAAGGUGUGGAGACAGCAUAAUCCAGGUGCAGCCACGUACCGAGCACUAGUGGACAUCGUACUGGAUAUGAGAAUGGAAAAAUUGGCCACUUACAUUUGUCAGUCAGCAGCUAGAAAACCUGAACCUGUGGUGUGCAAUAGAACCUAACUCAUUAUUGUGCAUGUCAUACUUGUACUGUUUUAGUCAAUUUAUUUCCUUGAUUUGUGCUAUUUGUGUGAAUUCAUUAAAAAAUUGCCCAUUGCUUGGCCUAGUGUGCAAGAAUAAUGGUAAAGGUCGUCCAAGGAACAAACUGUUUGUUAAGCUAGGAAAAGGUCGUUAGUCUAAUAAACUACAUCUGUGUUUUGCUAGUUUCUCCCACUUGUUUCCCUACAAGAUGGCUGACGGUACAGUGGCAGAAGACACUCUAAGAACAGGGCAAGGUGGUGAAGAGAUGCGGACCAGCUCUCCCAGGCUAUCAAGGAAGGCAAGGGAAGAUGCCGUGGCUGUGAAUGAGCCUAGUGGGGGGGACCCUGAUAACUAUCUCCUUAACUCACCGUGGACGUUUUGGCAUGAUGCUACACGAAGAGGAGCAACUGCCAAAGAUUUCUUUGAGAAUCUCAAACCUUUGUGUACAGUCAAGACCAUCAAGGCAUUUUGGGGUGUGGUCAACAAUAUUCGUCCCAUAGACCAGUUGGGCGAGAGAGAGAGCUACCAUCUUAUGAGGAAUGAGAAUAGGAGACCUAUUUGGGAGGACUCUGAUAAUGCUCAUGGUGGAUUGUGGUCAUUCAAAGUCAGAAAGAUGCACACAACCAAGGUAUGGCAGGAGCUGUUGUUGGCUGCUGUGGGUGAGCAGUUCUCAGAGUGUGUGGGCGGUGGUGACUGUGUGUGAAGUUUGAGUGUGAGGAUAAGAGGGUUCGAUCAAGACAUCGUACAGAUCUGAAAUGAAGACAUGCCUGUCUUCUCAAAGAGCUCGAGGAUUUCACUAUUCUCUCGUGUUUUGUUGGACUGGAAAUGGUCCUCAGCUUUAUCAACACUGAGGAGAUCAGCUCUGGGGUGGAGUUGUUGGAAGGUCCAGAUUAUCAAGUAGCGUGUCCAAGGAGGACAGUAAGAGAGUCGUCGCCUUCCUCAACCACCCAGGACUACAUCUCAUUCAGGGGUCAAGUACAUGUGCGGAAGGCGCCCCCUGAACCACCCACUAACCCUAAACGAUCCUCCAAUCGUUCCCCUGUACCCCCGGAUCCUGCUGCUAAGAAGAGGUCAUAAGGGUCAAAGGACAGAGGUCAUGAGGUGGCAGAUAAAGGGGAGGACCAUAAUACCAUUGACUAUCGAACAGCCACCCCCCAAGAAGUGUUAGAGUGAGUGAAUAGUAUAAAUUAAUGUGCAGGUAUGUACUACAUGUACAUGUCCCCCGUUUAAUCAAUUGGUUAGUGGACUCGUUCAGUUGCCAUAACUUGAAUUCCGUGGAUCCAAUUUUAUAAUUUUCUGAAAGCUUAGAAAAAAACCUUUCAAAUAGUACCAGAUAUUUGGGAGAUGUCAGAUUUAGCACGAUACCAUGUCAGAGUUUCAUCUAGGAUUUUAAGUUUGGGGGGGAAAACCGCGCACGCCAGCGUGAAAGUUUGGAGGCCACGCCAACUUCUGGUUACCACACCCUUGUUGUUGGUGCCUAUUAGCAACUCCAUGUAACUUGGUAUGCUGGUUGUAAUUGUGCACCGUAUACAACACUAGAAACCACAUGUACCAAAAGCAAUGAAUAGAUUUGUGGUAAGACAGACAAUCAUCCUCUAGCAAAAGACGUGUGUUGGGUCUAGUACUCAAACUCUCCCCUUUCUUUUGGGGGGGAAGCUUCCCGCCCCCCCCCCCACUAUAUGAAACCCUGCAUGUAAUAAUAGCCCAUGGUUCAAAGUCGAAUUAUGGCAACAUCUAAAUAUUGGAUUGAAAUACAUCAUUUGAAAGGUCUCUUUCUAAGCUUUCAGAAAAUCAUCAAAUUGGGGUCACAGUACUAAAGUUAUGGCUGCUGAAAGAUGUUCAACUUCUGCAACAUGUCUGUGCUUGAAUUAUAACUAGGAAGCAUAUAAGACGUCAGUAGCUCAGCGUAUGAAUGCUAAUGGAGAGGCUCGUAAAUGUGGUGGUGGUAUGACCUGAACCUUCUCCCCCCUCACUCCUAUCAUACAGCGCCUCUACAGCAAGUCACAUGAGGCUGAUAGCAAGAGUGAGAGGUCCUCCAGGAGCCAGAGACACACAGAAGACGCUAGGAGAUCGGCUCCGAAAGUCAAGUUCUCUAAAACUAUUACCGAGUUUCCAGACUACAGUCGCUAUGACAACCCAACAGAGAUCAAAUCAGUAUCAAGCCCAGGUUAAAGUCCGUCCCAUAGUCACCAUGGCAAGUUGGAUGGGGACUCGCUGAGGGUCAAAGGUGAAAGCUCGGAACACAUCAGAAAAAAAAAAUUAUUAUUAGCAUAGCACAAACUGUUCAUUAUUUUUAUUGCUUAUACUCAAGAUUUGUAUGUUACUAAUGAUAGUGUCAUUUGCCAUAUGCACAGUGUGUAAUGUAGGCCCUGAUAAAUUAUGCUCGGAAUAAUUUUUAGCAUUAUAGGUGUAGAUAAAUUAAUAGCGUCAAUGUCCAUUUUUGGUAAAGAUCAUUACAUUAAGUUUUGCAUAACAAUUUUUUCAUGGCUUGAAGGAUUAUCACCAA